CCGUUCAAAAUGGCCGCCCACAUGGGCCGAAUUCGGCAUGUCGUUUUGACAAAUCAGGCCUUAUUGAGUAAUUGGAGAGUCAUCGUGUCUGAUGUACUACCAAGACAACUUCACUACAGCUGCACAUUAGAUUCUGACAGCCCAAAGUCAUCUAAAGCAUUCAACACGUCAACUCCAACAAAAGCAGAAAAGAUUAGCAAAGCUAUGAAAGCAUACAUGGAAAGAGCUCAAGCUCAUGAUGAAAUGUUGAAGAAGGAGACAGCUGACUAUGAAAUUGGAAAACGACACCUUGCAAAUAUAAUGGGCCUUGACCCGGACCAUAUCACAGACCGAGAUGUGAAGGAAUCGAUCCGGUACCUGCUGCCAUCAGGACUGUAUGACCAGUCUUCAAGACCUCUGAUGAAGCCACCUCAAAAAGUCUUUCCUAAACGAAAAGAUGCUCAGUUCGGGAUGGAUGGACGGCCUUUCCAUGCAUUCUUCUACACCGGCAAGCCCCAGUUCUAUGAGCUUCUCUACAAAGUAACAUGGAAGCUUGAGGUUCUGAAGAAAGAAGAAGACAAACUCCUUAAACUGGGUGCCUUGUUUCACGAGAUUGAAGAGAAGGCAAAGAAGUUACCUCUCCAUGAGAAUGAGUGGAUCAGCUAUGACACCUUGAAGGCAAGGGUAAUGGAGGACAUCAGCCAACAAGAUUAUGGCCAGUUCCUGAAGCUGAUGACCAGGUUUGUUGAACAUCCGCUUGCCCACAAGGAGGCCAAGUACAUCAUGAAGUUCCGGCAGCGGCUGAACAGACAGAGCUUUGGAGACAAGAUUAAACCUCUGAAGACUGACAAAGAGGGGAGGAGUUUUAUGACUGCUGAAGGUUAUCGUAAAAGCGCUGUGGCUGCUGUGACCGUACAAGGACAUGGUUCAGGGCAGGUGACCAUCAACGGUUCAGACUUGGAGUAUUUCACUCUCAACAUGCACAGAGAGCAGCUCAUGUUUCCUAUCCAGUUUGUCAACAUGCUGGGGGAAAUUGACAUUGAAAGUCAAGUAUCAGGCGGUGGACCUAGCAGCCAAGCCGGAGCAAUUCGUCUCGGACUGGCACGAGCACUGACCAGCUUUGUCAGCCCAGAUGUGGUGGAGAAAAUGAGACUUGCUGGGCUGUUAACAAGGGAUCCAAGAAGGAAGGAGAGGAAGAAGCCAGGUCAAGCCAAAGCAAGGAAGAAGUUCACAUGGAAAAAGAGAUAACCCUGAUGUGUGAAGUGGAGAGCGAGUGUGAUAGUCAAGAUUGUAACUCAACCAGAGUAAAGUGUACACAUGUUUUA